AUGGCCAAGGUCAAAAUCAUUUGCACACGAACAGUCGUGAGCACGAAACCUGUUGAGGUCGAAAAAUGCCACUCUUUAUCGGUUCUUGACCGAAUAAUGGAGAAGAAACACCUUAGAAUGGUGUUGUAUUACGCAUCAAUGGGUGUGCCAGAGCCCGGUGAAGUCACUAGGAGGCGUAGAGAGUCCAUUUCGGAUGCGCUUACAAGUUUUCCGAUAAUGACAGGCCGGUUGGCGAGGAAUGAGAGAGGGCAGUGGACAUCGAAGUUCAAUGACGCUGGAGUGAGAAUGGUGGAAGUUAGGGCUAAAGGGAGUUUGGAGGAGUGGCUAAGAAAUGUGGAUAGGGAGAAAGAGCUUAUGCUUGUCUAUUGGGAAGAAAUGGACCACCGUCCCUUGUUAUGGUCUACAUUUUAUGUGCAGCUUACCGAAUUUGAGGACGGUGGUUUAGCAAUUGGGUUAAGUUGCAAUCAUCUUCUGGCAGAUCCAACUUCUGCAACUAUGUUCCUCAAAGCCUGGGCCGACGCAAGCUUCCCUGGAAAGCUGUUGCAGCCACCAUUUUUCCACCCACUGCUGCCACGGAGGUCCGGAAACAAAAAACUCGAUCACAAACCGUAUACCUCCUUGAUCAACCACUACAAAGACUCCAUCAAGAAUUCUAUGCAGCUUCCGGCAAACAAAAGUCACACAACUGUUGCCUUUGCCUUCUCGGACUCCAUGGUUCGGGCCUGCAUUGCCAUGGCCCAGCCCAUUGGUGCGACCAACAGAUCCAAACCAUCACCCUUCGAGGCCCUAGCUGGGCUCUUCUGGUUCUGCAUUAGCAAGGUGAAAGGAAUUGGAAAUGAGCUAAUCAACAUGUCUAUAUGCAUGGAUAUGAGAACGGUUUUAGGUUUGGAUAAAGGUUUCUUUGGAAAUUGCAUGGUUUAUAACAAAGUGCAUCAAGAGGGUUUCCAAGGAAACAACUUAUCAGAAGCUGUGAGUUCUAUAGGUGAAGUGGUCGCAAAAAUGGACUGCGAAGGCAUCAUGGAUUUGAUAGAGUGGCUCGAACAUACUGAUGAUCAAUGUCCUUUGUUGAUGAACGAUUCUGAUCUCAUUUGUGCUAGCUUAGAGGCCGUAGACCCGUUUUCAACAGUUUUCGAAGACGGGAAUGCACCCAUUCGCGUGUCGUAUUAUGUGGAGCCAGUGUUAAGGUUAGGACAGGUUCUAAUUUUUCCGGCAAAGCCAGGAGAUGGUGAAUUGAGUAGGGUGGUAAUGGUUACACUUCCACAUGAUGAGAUGGCCAAGUUACAUGAAGAUGAGCUUGUUCGACGCCUUUCUCCGACUAUCUUCACAGACAUGCAUAAAAUAAAAACCAGCUAA